AUGUAUGUUCGUACAGUUAUUAACGAGAAAAUUAUUAACGAGCCAAUGAGCAUACCUGAUUGUGUAGAUGGCUCAGAUGAAUACUUCACUUUUCAAGAAAUAUGUAAUGGAGUUCUCUCAACGAGUCGCUUCCCGACGGAUAAUGAGACGAACGAGACAGGUUGUAACGAUUGUCCCGAUGGACGAGAUGAAUUUUCUUGCAACCACACAGCAUCGAUAAUUACCUAUAAUCUAACUCAAUGUCGAUCAGAUGAACGUUAUUGUGCGCGUUUUAAUCAAACGAAUAUGUCUAUUAAUGACUGUCCACUUGAGGAUGACGAGCACCUGUGUUCGUGGACAGAUAAUUUAAAUCCAUGUUGUUCACGAGCUGAAUUUCCGUGUAAAAACAGAUGUAUACCAAGAAACUGGCAAUGUAACAAUAAGAUCGAUUGUCUUCCUGGAGGGGAAGAUGAAUGGUUGUGCGACUUAGCACAUACGCCCGUUCUCCACACUACUAAUUAUCCUGAUAAUACAACUUAUCCAGCCGGUAUUACUUCUGAUAUUGACGAGGGAAGGCCACCAACUGCUCCGUCGCUUUUGAGUUCGGACUCUGUGCAUAAGGUAGACCCCAGUGAGGUAUGAAAAACCCCAAAAGGAUAAAUCCCCGCAGAUCUUCUAUCCAGAGUUAUAGCCAUUUUACUGGAAUUUUAGCCUA